AUGGACGACCGCCUUCCAACUCUGCUCCCACCAUCCGGCGCACCCACGUUUCUUACACCUAGCGCUCCUUCAUCGUCAAGGCAACAAUAUCAACAAUUCCUGGAUGUUGAAGAGUUCCAGCAAUUGUCAAAAAUCGCCAAUUCUCAACAGCAAACGAGCAAAUAUGCUCAGUUACUCGCGGUUAUUGAGGAGAUGGGCCGCGACGUCCGCCCCACCUACGCCGGUUCCAAGUCGAGCCAGGAACGUUUAAAGCGCUCAAUUGUUCACGCGAGGAUUUUGGUUCGAGAGUGCCUCAUGGAAACUGAGCGAUCCGGGAGGCAGUGA